AUGUCGUUCCUACAUCAAAAAUCAUGUGAGUGUGUCAAAACCGAGCUGGAUUUAUUCUCCUUACCACCUACGCAGACGAGUAUUGAAAGUGGCAAAUGGGUCCAGUACAAACCAAUAUCCACAUUGACCGAUGAUGCGCCAAUAGAGUUUGUAGUUCCGGGUAAUGGUGAUGAAUACACUGACCUUUCACAAACAAUGAUACAAUUGACCGCGUCUAUUGUUAAAUCUAACGGAACUGCGGUCACUACUGACGAAGAGGCGAAAACAGUUGGGCCGGUCAAUAACUGGUUACACUCACUAUUCAGUCAAGUUGAUAUGUUUAUGAAUCAAAAACUUGUUACUCCCCAAAACAACACAUACGCAUAUCGAGCGUAUGUUGAAACGUUAAUGAACUAUGGAUACGAUGCUAGAAAAUCACAUCUAACAUGCAGUCUUUGGUACACUGACGAUGGAAUUGACAUGAACGAUUGUGCGGAAGAAAAUGAAGGACUCAAAGCGAGACGGGAACUAACUAAUAAAAGCCGUGAGAUUGAUAUGCUCGGACAUUUGCAUGUGGAUAUUUGCAAUCAGAAUAAGUUCAUGCUAAAUGGCGUAGAGUUGAGAUUUAAAUUUAUUCGAUCAAAAGAUGCUUUCUCCAUUAUGGCCAGUGCUGGUGAAUUCAAGGUACAUAUUGUCGAUAUUAGUCUCUGGAUUCGAAGAUGCAAAAUAAGUCCCACCGCACUGUUGGCGCACAGUAAAACACUCCAGACUGGUACGGCAAAAUAUCCAAUCACACGAGUGGAGCUGAAAACAUUCACACUACCCUCUGGAAUACGUAACAAGACUUUGGACAAUAUGUUUCUCGGCCAAGUGCCGAAACGCGUCAUAGUGGGAAUGGUUACGAACGCCGCAUACAAUGGAGAUUUUAAAAAGAAUCCCUACAACUUCGAACAUUUUAAAACAAACUUCUUUUGUCUAUAUGUUGACGGAGAACAAGUUCCAUCAAAACCGUUACAGCCCCACUUUGAAAAAUCAAAGGAUAAAUAUGUUAUGGCAUAUCAUUCGAUGUUCUCCGGUUCUGGUGUACAUUUUAGCGAUGCCGGCACUGUUAUCAGUAGGGAAGAUUUUGGUCAAGGAUACUGCCUGAUGGCAUUCGACCUAACACCAGAUUUAUCUGCAAGUGACACUACACAUUGGAAUCUGGUGCGUAACGGUAGUGUUCGAAUGGAACUCGGAUUCGACGACGCGCUUACCGAAACUGUCAACUGUUUGGUUUAUGCCGAGUUUGACAAUGUUAUCGAGAUUGAUCGACAGCGCAAUGUAAUUGUGGACUUUGGCGGUUAA